GGUGAAAAAAGGACAUUAGUGCAGCUCUCGAAGAUCGUGCAUGUCUUUAUUGAAAUCGAGUUGAAAAAUUAGAACAUUGUCAGCUUGAUUAUCUAGGCCUUAACUGUUUUGUUUGUUUCCUGUACUUUUUUAGUUGAAUAUCAGAAAAUGGGGAUUCUAGAGAAGAUAGCUGAGAUAGAGAGGGAAAUCGCAAGGACGCAGAAAAAUAAAGCAACGGAAUACCAUCUGGGUCUGUUGAAAGCCAAGCUUGCCAAGUACAGGUCUCAACUUUUGGAACCUACAGGAAAGAGUGGAGCCAAGGGAGAGGGUUUUGAUGUGAUGAAAUCAGGAGAUGCCAGAGUAGCUCUCAUUGGUUUUCCUUCUGUUGGUAAGUCGACACUCCUCAACACGUUGACCAAGACCCACAGUGAGUCUGCAGCUUAUGCCUUCACCACACUCACGUGUAUACCUGGAGUUAUUGAGUAUAACGGUGCCAACAUCCAGCUUCUUGAUUUACCAGGAAUCAUAGAGGGUGCUGCACAAGGCAAGGGAAGAGGACGUCAAGUCAUCGCUGUAGCAAGGACGGCCGACCUGGUUGUCAUGAUGUUAGAUGCUAAUAAAGGGGAUGUUCAGAAGAAUCUGCUGGAGAAAGAGUUAGAGACUGUAGGUCUGAGAUUGAAUAAGCAGAGACCUAAUAUCUAUUUCAAGCAAAAGAAAGGAGGUGGUGUGUCAUUCAACUCAACGUGUACCCUAACAAAAUGCAAUGAGAAGUUGGUUUAUAUGAUUCUACAUGAAUACAAAAUCUUCAAUGCAGAAGUGUUGUUCCGUGAAGACUGCUCUCCAGAUGAGUUUAUAGAUGUAAUCAAUGCUAAUAGAAUCUACCUUCCAUGUAUAUAUGUGUACAAUAAGAUCGAUCAGACGUCCAUUGAGGAAGUAGAUAGGAUAGCACACCAGCCUCAUUGUCUUGUUAUCAGCUGUGAAAUGAAACUCAAUCUAGAUUACUUACUCGAGAAGGUCUGGGAAUACCUCAAUCUUAUUUGCCUCUACACCAAGAAACGCAGUCAUCGACCUGAUUUUGAAGAAGGCAUUAUAAUGAGGCGAGGCUGCUCUGUAGAACAUGUGUGUCACUCAAUCCAUAGAACUCUAGCUGAGAGAUUCAAGUAUGCCUUGGUCUGGGGAACCAGCACAAAGUACAGUCCACAGAGGGUUGGUCUGACCCACUUGGUUCAUCACGAAGAUGUAAUUCAAGUUGUUAAAAAGUGAUGCAGAUCUUGCCUAAUUCCGCCUACAGUAAUAUGUUAACCCGUUGCCUACUGGAACCAAUGGUCCCUGUAUGAAGCCUAUGGGAAUGACAGAACUCGGUAGUCAAACGUGCAUCAGAACUUUUACCAAGUUAUACCAUGCAAUAUAAACUCCCUUGAGAUAUCCUGUCAGCAUUACUCGGAGUAUUUGGAUGUCAGCAAGACAGAUUCUCCCGUGAAAACACUGUGAAACUAUUUCUCAUCAAUCUCGUGCAAAUCUUCCCUUUUUAUAACUGAACUGUGUCCUUACAUUAACAUUGGUCCAAGAGCAUUUGACAAUAGCAAUGGUCUGGUUUUUUUUCUUGACCAGCAAAUUUGAAUAAGUAUGCAUGUCUUAGAUUUCAGUUUACAGGUAUACCCUUCAAGGCUAAUCAUGUUUGUAUCUUCAAUACAUAUGUUGUUUUUUUGUUCUCUCUGAGAAAGCAAAAUUGUCAUUUAACCAGUAUCAUACAACAAGAAAUGGUAUCAGCUCUAUUAGCGUAGCUAUUGAUCCUGCUUACAUAUAUAUUCUUUGCUUAUGUUUUUACCUGUAGGUAUGUGUAAGUUGACUCAAACAUGCUUUGCACUGAAUACAUGUAAGAUGGUCUUUAUGGGACUAAUCGUCUGUGUUUAAUCUUGUGUUAACAUUUCAUCAGUAUAAAAAGAUCUGUAAAGUGUACUAGGGAAUGUUCCACAGGAUUUAAGUCUGACUAAAAUUGCAAUGAAAUUCUCAAUUGUGUGUACAUACCAAAUUGGUCAGAUCACAUGUACUUAUCAGUGAGAGUGCAUUUUGAAUAUUAUUAUGUUUGUUAUCACUUCAGAAUGACUUUUAGUCAGACUCAAAUCUUUAUGAAACACCUCUCGUACACUCACUGCUACUGAAUAUCAAAAUUGUACAAUAGAACAAAGACCAUUUAAAAAAAUUAUGUAACAUUUAUGGUCUGAAUUAUUUUUGUUAGGUACCUUUUCAAAAGUCUGUGCAGUGUCUGUAAGCAGGAAUCCUGUUAUAAAGACACUGCAUCUUUUCAUAGUGGUUUUUGAGCAUUCCCCCAUUGUUUUGUCUGACUGACAAUGAGAAUUGGUAAUGAAAGACUCUGAUGCGUAUCUGACUUUUGACAAAGUAGCUUAGUGCUCUGUCUAUAUCUACCAAGAAAAUAUUAGAUAGUGAUGUCUUCUUUAUUAUGAUUAUACCUACAAUAUUGAUAAGCAGGGUGAAAAGAAAUCAGUUCAAGGAAACUCCAACAUCUCUUUGUCCAUCUAGCAAAAUUGCAUGGCAUUGGAUUCAACAUUAGAGUUGCAAUUAUUUGAUUAUUUGUUUUAAUUAUUUCUUUGGAAAGUGAGGGAGAGGGGCUGGAACUGAUUUAGUACUUCAUUAUUGUUAUUCCAUGUUUUAAUGAUUUGAUGGCAUCCAAAGUAAUUUAACAUAGAUUCUUCUUUGUGGAGAAGAUUUAUGUUGGUUUUAUUCAACUGCAUAUCUCUUGUAUGCACUUCACGCUUGUCUGGAUGCAUGGGGCAUCACAGUAUAAAGUGAACCCUAAUGAUGCCUUUAUGUUUGCCUGGGUUGUGUUUCACAAAGAGUUAAGUAGGGAAUGAAACCUUUGGGCUUGUGUGGAAACAGAAAAAUCAGACAAAUUAUGAGCAUUUGAACAUUGCGAUCACUUAUGCUAUGGAGAUCCUCCUGAUGGCAAUGCAACAAAGAUGUUUGAGCAACUUUCCCUUGAAUGGACUAUAAAAUACCCCAAAAUGUAUCUUUUUGCUACUUCUUAUGGUGAUACAAACUCUUCAUCCAUAAUGUAUUCUUUGAAAAUCUGUAUUACAUGCCCUCCUAUAGAAAGAAUACAUGAUCUACUGAUAGAUGUGAUAAAAGAUGCAUUUUAAAAAAGUACAUGUAUAUACAAAAGUAAUGGGAAAGUUGUUCACAUGUGACAUCACACAUCUUUGUUGCAUUGCCAUUAGAAGGAUCUACAUUACAAUAAUGAUCUUAACCUCAAAUGCUCAUAACUUUCUUAUUAUUUAUUCAAUUUUUCUCUUGUUGAUCUCUUUCUUUGAUUUUUCUGUUUUCUCGCAAGCUAUCUUGUACCAAAUGAUGUUCCAAUGAUCUUAACUUCAAAUGCUCAUAACUUAUUUUUUAUUCAAUAUUUCUCUUGUUGAUCUCUUUCGUCGAUUUUUCUGUUUUCUCACAAGCUAUCUUGUUCCAAAGGUUUCAUUUUCCUUUAAUUUCCAGUUGUGUGCUACAUAAAAGGCAUCACUGCAUCGUUUAAAUCAUGCUUAAAAGGAUGAACACUAUUGCGUAUUAAUCAAAAUUAUGUGUUACAUAUCAUGUAUGUGUCAGCACAACUCUUUGUGAAUCACCCACCUGGCCUGCGAUACAAUAUUGAUAUUCUUUAUAGUUACAUUUUUAAUCAUGUUUCAGUCCUGAAAUCAGUUCAUUGAAUUUUGUUUUUUAGAUUAUCUGGUUUAACCUAGACAUAAACAAAUAUGUUUCUUACCUUUAGAAGUUAGGUUAUAUCAAUACUUUUUGCCUGAUCUCCUCUUCCUUAUUCCUUCUUUUGUUCUUUAAAACUUUUUUGUCCACAUAUGACGUACAUUAUGAUGUAUAUAAAAUGAUUUAUAUGCAAUUGUGUUUUGAAUUAUACUGGUUCUUGUGUUGUGUCUUACUGGAAUGAUGUUUGUUUAUAAAGGAAGAAUAGCUUGAGAAGAAUACAGAGCAAGAUAAUGAAAGAUCAUGUGAUAUACAAAGGGUCACAUAUUAAAGGGAAAAGUCUUAACCAGUUGGAGGUGGCUGAUUAUUCUGUAACAAGAAUUUGCACAGACCCAAGACCUUGUAUAUGCGGCAGGCUCAGUCUCCUUCAGGUUGACCCCAUUCCAACAAGGAUUUGCUCUUGGGGAUGGAGAGGGGGGGGGGGGGGGUUCUCAAUUGAAAGAUGCAUGAAUUUAAAUUUAAAGAAAAUUGAGUGAGUAGUCUUAUAAAACCACACUAUAAAUAAAACCAUUUCUCAGGAUUGGCCUUU